UUAAGGCGGUGGAGCGGGGGAAGCUCGGGGCGAGCUGGCUAGUUGGCGCCCUGAGGCAUGCAGGCGGGGGCUGUAGCUGCAGGCGGCGAGAGGGACCUGCUGGCUAACGCCGCGGCCCAGGGGGACGGGCAGAGGGUGCGGCUGCUGCUGGAAGCCGGGGUGAACCCCAAUACUGUUAAUGCCUUCGGCAGGACCCCGAUUCAGGUCAUGAUGAUGGGAAACACCCAGGUGGCGGAGCUGCUGCUGCAGAGAGGAGCGGAUCCCAACCGGCCGGACCCGCGCACCGGCUCCCUCCCAGUGCACGAUGCGGCGCGAGAAGGUUUCCUGGACACCCUUGUGGCGCUGCACCGAGGCGGGGCUCGCUUGGAUCUGCGGGACACAUGGGGCCGCCUCCCCAUUGACCUAGCUGUCGAGAGCGGGCAUCAGCAAGUGGUCAGCUACCUCCGCGCCCAGCCUGCAAGGGGUGCCGCUCCGCCCCAGGCAUAGGGCACGGGCGUGUGGCCAGCCGUCUGCGGGGCUCUGCCCUGCUCAGCCACAGGGGCCUCAUUAAAUGCUUGCCCCGCUGAAGUCAAUGGAAAUUUUCCUGUUAACUUCAGUGGAGCCAGGAUUUCACCCCAGGUUUUUCUACGGCAGCCGGUGACCCAUCCGCCAGGCAGCUGCAACCUUGUCGUUCUCUCGCGGGGACUGCCCUGGCUGGGAUGGACGGUUCACAGGCUGUGGUAGAAAACAGCUGCUCUCCUUGGUUCCAGUCAAACUGUAUAGCGUGUAGAGAAAGAGAACCCACUUCUGGAGGAACAGCUUGAUACUCAACUUGGAUACAAUCAGAUUCCUUUUAUAGCGAGCAGGCAAACAGAUUAUUCUUCCAGUUACAGUGAAGUUGCUCCAGGAGAAGAUUUCACGGUAAAAGGGUCGGUAAGGUUGCACUGUAUGGAGGAGGCAUCCUGCCUGCCUGCAGCCCCCAGCUGGUAGCACUCUUGGGGGCAUGCCUGCUUUUUCCUCCAGUGAGUGUGUUGUCUGGGAUUUAUCCACCUUAUAACCGAACGGAAUGGGGUACCUUUCCAGAAAGCAGGCAGGACCAUGAGCCUGAUCUAAUUCCCUGUUAACAUCAAUGGAAUGAUAGAAUCAUAGAAUCACAGAAUAUCAGGGUUGGAAAGGACCUCAGGAGGUCAUCUAGUCCAACCCCCUGCUCAAAGCAGGACCAAUCCCCAAUUAAAUCAUCCCAGCCAGGGCUUUGUCAAGCCUGACCUUAAAAACUUCUAAGGAAGGAGAUUCUACCACCUCCCUAGGUAACACAUUCCAGUGUUUCGCCACCCUCUUGGUGAAAAAGUUUUUCCUAAGAAUCCCAUAGUCGUGUAGGCAGCCUGAUUCCAUUCCUAUUAAACCCUUCACCAAGGCGGCAACAAUGCAAUAUAAUUUCCCAGCACAGCUAUAAUAUAUUCCUUAAAAUGUCACACAAGCAGCAUCAGUUGCAAGUGUUCCCAUUAGGGCGUGACUCAAAGUGUUUCCCCCGCCUCCCACCCCCUUCAAUGGGUUUUGAAUCAAGCCCUUCAUUUAAAGAUCUAAAUAACCUGCAUUACAGCUAGAAGCGCUUGACUUUAUAGAAUCUAGAGCCGGAUCUCUCUUUGAGCAACCAUCAGUAUUUUCCCUGCUAAAAUACAUUAUAUAAGCAAAAAUACAUGCAUAGUACAGUCAUAAAUAGCUUCCUCGGAAGUUUUUAUGUAGUACGUACUGUUUAAGGAGCCUAUCCUGCAAGCUGCUAAAUGCUUUCAAUUUUUACUUAAAAAAAGGAGUAUAUUUUACUCAUCAAGAUAAGAGGAUGUUGUUUAUUGGAUGGCAACCUUCCCUUAGCUGUACUCUGUUACAGUCAGAAAACCCUUGCUGUUCCAUUUGCUCAGCAUUGGUAACGGGAUUAUGGGCCCUUAAUCCCACACCUACUGACACUAAUAGGAAUCUUUCCCUGGAUACCAAUACACAUUGGAUCGAGCCCUCUAGGGCGAACCAAAUGAUUUGAAGAAUAUUAGCUUCUUAUGAAGCUAAUAGCUUACCUCUGGAGAGCUACUAUUUCCAAUUAGAUCGAAGGGAGAUAUAUGCACACGAACAUUAGAGAGGUGUUUGUGUACAGUUAUUUUAAAUAACUGGACUGGGAGGAUUCUGGUGUCUGGUUUUUAGAUUAAAACCCCCAAAUUAUAAAAACCUCACAAUAUGGCGUAAAGGACCUUUAUAUUCCUUAUUAUCCACCAAGAGAGUCUCCCUGGGCAGAUGAAGCAGCGGGAGAGUAUGUUGUAGAUCAUCACAGUGGGGGAAGGAGGGGGAAAUGUUGUAUUCAGCAUAUUAAAUUCUUAGAUAAACUAGUGUGGUUUCUGUGAUUGGUAUUAGACCCCUCUCAUAACAGGAUUCAAAAUAGGCAAGUUGCCUUAUUGGUUUCUGUAGUGAUCUAAGUGAUAGAUCAAUGCUAAAUCACAGAGUAAUGCUUUUAUUCAUAACAGUACUAGAACAGACAGCUCUGCAUUCCGAUAUUUUAAUUUAGAUUAUUUUAAAUUAGGUCCCUCAUAGUGUGAGGAACUUUUCCCGCCUAAUUUUACUUUUUAGGCAUACACCCACAUUAAUUAUCCCAUUCCAAUCCCUACCAGGAGGGAAACUCUGAAAAUACACUCAGAUUCAGAAACCUUUCCAAAUUAUGAAUUUUAUACUAGCAAUGUGAACGUGUAUCUCUAGAAAAUAUUCCUAUUAUGAAAUCAAUAGGCGCUUUGCCAUUAAUUUUAAUGGAACCAGGAUUGGGACCAUUAUUAUGGCGUUUUGUUUUUAAAAUCCGCAAAUAAGCAAUGGGUACAAGCAACAGGGACAUCCAAUACAACAGCUGAAGAGCGUGUGAAUGUUCGUUAUUAUUGCUAUCUGCACACCAGCUUCCCCCCCAAAGGACAUCAAUGAAAGAACAGUUUAUAAAUAUGUUUGUGUAUCGCUUCUGCUUCCCAUUCAGUACUGCUUAAGCUGAUUAAGUAGCGGUUAUUAUUCACGUGCAAAAUAUUAAAGUGGGUUAAUCAGAUAAUCUAAAGUGAUGGUUAUUUUAUGUUUGCACUAGUGUCCUAGGUUGGUCGCAGGAUGUUAGAGAGAUGAGGGAAU